AUGGAAGUGUACGCAUUUCUGUUGGGAACCGUUCUUCUUAGCGCGGUGUAUGGGGACAACCAUGUUGAUCUCCACAACAAAGGACUGCGGACCGUACCUACAAAUAUCUCAUCAACAACAGAAAGCCUGGAUUUGAGUUGGAAUCUUCUGGAGACCAUAACCAAUGGAUCCUUUCGAAUUCUCAGCAGGCUUAUAUCACUGAGUUUAAAUCACAACAAACUUGUGAGGUUAGAACCAUCAGCGUUCGAGGGAUUAUCACAACUACGCUUCCUGGAUCUAAGCAACAACCGAUUUGUGCUGGUGUAUGAAUCCUAUCCACCCACAGUAUUUCAUCCUACACAAAAGCUAGAGAUCCUAAAUAUGGACGAAAAUAGCCCAGGCUAUUCAUCCCGUGCGUAUCAGUUUCCAGACGAGAUAUUCAGCAGCCUGAUAUCAUUGAAGAAGUUGACUGUUGACGAGCCGUUGCACAAUGUUUCAUUUGGACCGGGCGUCAUGAGCAUGUCUCAGCUUAAAAGUCUGUCCGUUUACUGUUGGGAAUUUGGAAGCAGCCUCAGACCAGACACAUUUGCUGCGUUUGCCAACUUAUCAAUUGAGUCAUUGGUGUUGAGAUGCCAGAGUUUAGAGGAAGGGACUUUGAAGCAUUUUCCGCAUGUGACAAGUCUAAAUCUGAGAACAAAAUCGCUACCCAACGCCUUAUCAGCUCUCGUGGACCUGCGCCAUCGCCAUAUGACAUAUCUGACAAUCACAAAUACAAAUUCUGACAAAGGGUUCAGCAGGGACCCCGAAACCUUGGCUCUCACUGCAAACAACACGGCUCACUUGGCGACUAUUUGUGUUCGUCACCUGGACUUGAGCAAAAAUGCCAUAAUCCAUCUGGGAAUAGAUGUCUUCAGCCGAUUCCAGUACCCCGAGUGUCUAGAAACAUUUAACUUUGGAAACAAUUAUCUGCCCGUCGCUACUAGCUACUUAGCAGCAAUUGGCGCGAUACGCUUCACAAGGUUAAAGUAUUUAAAUAUCAGUCCAGGAAGACGUUAUGCGUUUACUGUGAGAGAGGUCAGCGAUCUUGUGUGGACGAAGAGCUCUGUUUUCCAAUAUAAUCUGGUGGUGCCGCCAUCUUUGGUAGUUUUGAACGCUAGUUUUCUAGCCGGUUUCAUUACAAUUGAUAAGGAUGUAAACUUUACUAAUGGAAAAAAUGUGGAAGUUCUUGAUGUGUCAUAUGACGGAUUCAAAGGUUGUUCCUUUGUCGUAACUGGUCUGGAGAACUUGAAAGUGCUGAACAUAUCCAAAUGGAACUGUGCUGUGUUAUCUCCAAGAUUCUUCAGCUAUUUUACCUCACUUCAGGUUUUGGUGGCCAGAAAUUGUAGACUGAACACUGGCUUUCGCUAUGAUUUGGAUGCUGUCAUCUUCAAAAGUUUGAAACAUCUGAAAACCCUCGAUCUCUCGAGUAACGAUUUUACAACACUAAGCAGAUUCAUCUUCAGUCCGCUGCAAAGUUUAGAAACCUUGAUCCUGUCAAACAAUAAGCUGAUCCAUAUACCAGAGUCCAUCUAUGAUUUGGUCUCGUUGACAUUCUUGGACUUGUCAUCCAAUGUGAUUUCAUCUUUGUCACGCGCACAAAUGGACUGGUUGACCGCUGACAAUUCAUCCCACUCAAAAGAUGCUGUCAGAGUUUCACUGAACCGUAACCCCCUCCUCUGCACUUGUAACACCGUCAGUUUUGUGCGAUGGCUUUUAGACGGCUCUGCCAAUGUUGAAGCACGUUUGACAUUAACGUGCAGUCUAGGAAAUGGAACGUUCGUGGAUAUUGGUAGCCUCACAUCAAAGCUUAAGAACAUGGAAGUAUCUUGUGUCAGCAACUUUUGGUUGACCUUUUCCACAGUUGGCUCGAGUCUGAUGGCCGUGGUAAUUGUUCUAGGAAUAUUUGCCUACCGUUACAGGUGGAAUAUCAAAUAUUGGGUUCUGACAAAAUGCAGGAGAGGCUCUGUCGUUGAAGAAGUGACAAAUGAACAAUACCGAUACGAUGCCUUCGUAGCGUAUAAUUACUUCAGUUACCGAUGGGCUUGCAUUGUUCUGCGACAAUUUCUGGAAGAUGAAAACAACUACACGAUCUGUCUCCAUGAUCGAGACUUCCCGGUGGGUGUCAGUAUUCAGCAAAACAUAGUGGACGCCGUGAACAACAGUCGCAAAGUUAUCCUAGUCAUCAACAAGUCGUUCCUGAAAAGCGAUUGGUGUGAAUUUGAAAUUCAAAUGACGGGCAUGCGCAUGGUGAGAGAUGGUUAUGAAAACGCCAUUAUUGUGAUCUUGAUGGAAGAGAUUCCCGUGUCGGAAAUGCCACGGUCGCUGCUGAACCUUUGGAAUCACAUUACAUUCCUGCUGUGGCCGGCCAAUGACCCGGGUGACGAACGGAUCUUCUGGAACCGUUUGCUGGAAGUCAUGGCACGCUGA